AUGAUGGGCGAUAAGCCCGCCAUCAUAUCUGACGAUAUGAAUAUCACAGACAGUACUUCCCAACAUAUACGUAAUAAUACAACAUUCGCAAUUGUAUUUAACUCCAUUAACAAUAACAAACAAAUUGAGUACGUAACCGCUAUCAGUAAAAUUAUACCUGCAGAAUAUAUACAAUUUGUAUCACGUAUUUCAAAAAAUAGAUUCUGCAUAUUUUUCAAUAGUCAAGCCGCCAUGGAAAAUCUACUCAAAACCCACUCCUCAAUUUAUGUCAAUGAAAUAGAAAUCUCAAUUCGUAGACUUAUAAACGGGUCCAAAAGAACCAUUCUAUCCAAUGUUUACCCUAAUAUACCUAACCAACCUAUAUUAAACACUCUACAUGAAGCAGGAAUCAAAACCUCUUCCCAAAUUUCUCACAUGAAAGCUGGCUUUGCUACAGAACAAUUUUCGCAUAUAUUAAGCUUCAGAAGACAAGUAUACAUCAGUCAAGACAGCGUGUCUAAACUACCUAGCUCAAUCACAGUAACUGUUGAAAACACCACCUUCAGAAUAUUUAUCACCGACGACACUGUAACUUGUUUCCAAUGUCAUAAGACCGGGCAUUUUUCUAGCCAAUGCAAAAAUAUACCUGAACAAAUCAAUAUCCUUGAUAUAACCGAAACCCACAUGGAAACAAAAAAUGACGAACAAUCAGUCCCAAUUAAUGUAGAAGAAAAUGUAACCCCCUCGCCUCUUACUGUAAAUACUCAAAAUAUUGAUACCACUCAAAAUAAUGUUCCUCCAAUACCAAACAAUACAAAAAAUAAUGAAGAACCAACCUAUAUCGACCUACCAAAAAAACAUUCGCUAGUCGAAAAACUCAAAUCGUCAUCCAUCAAAAAUGUCAACACAACGCCUCCAACCACAAUUAAACGCCCAGCCCCGUCGACCUCGUCUCAACCACUAUCUCCAAAAUCUUUGCUCUCGACCAGCCCAUCUCCAAUAAUGAAGCCCCCCAACGCACCUGACGGAAAAACGCAGAUACCAAAAAACCUCAAAGGAAAUGUACAUAAAAAACCGAAAGUUAGAACCAGCACUAGUUCAAACGAUAGUUUCUAUUCUAAUAUUGAUGAAGGGUUGGACCCAACUGAAGAUCUGUUCAACUCUAAUCCUCAAAUGCCCUUAUCUCUCAAUCAAUUUAAAGAUUUCUUUGAAAAUUCACAAGGUUGCACUGACUUAGAGAGUUUAUGUACGGAGCACAAUACCAGUCCUGAAAUUAUAAUCGAAAUCAUUACAAACAUUUACCCCGCCGUAAAAAUGAAAAGUAUUAAAAAUCGUCUUACCAGACUAUCAAAAGCACUAGAAACAGUCCAAGUCUUCAAGUUCUGUCAGACCUCCAAUGCUAACAGUAAUGACGACGAAACUUACUAG